UUGAGUUUUUUUGAUAACAAAUUUUUCUUAUUACAGAAAUAAUGUUAAAUAAUAUGAAAUUUUUAUAGCCUCGUCAGAUGAAAGGAGGGCGUCAGAAGCCUUCAGAAUCACGAAGGCCCUCUUUAACAGGAAGUGAAAAUGGCAUUGGAAUAGAAGGAGCACCUCCUAUAUAUGAAGUAAAUGAAGGACUUAUUGAAAGAGUUAAACUAGAAGAAAAUGCCAACUCGGCAACUUCUCUUACAAUGUCAUCAGUUUCUGUGAAAAUUGAACCAAAUCAAAGAAUUGAAGAAUGUGAUCAGACAGGACCAGGAUCUGUUAGAAAAAAGAUAAAAACAGAUGAUUUUACCAUAAAAGAAGAGGAAAAUGAAGAUAAUCAAAAUAUUAUUGAUAGUAAAUAUUUGAAUUCAGAUGUUCAUAAUUCUCUAAAUAACAUAUCAAGAGAAAAAGACGAGGUAAGUAUUGUAAAAGAUUAUUGUUAUAUUUUACUAGUAGUAUUAAAAACAUUUUAGUAAAAUUGAUGAAUUAAUUUAUUUUCGUUGAACACUGAUUUUAUUUUUUUAAUUGUUUAACAUUAGAAGCUAGUUUGGUUUUUUUUUCCUCUCUUUUAAAUUGCAUUUUAUCAAUCAAUUUUAAAGUUAGCAUUCUUUUACAAGAGUUACUAUUACUACAUAAAU